AUGAUCUUUUCUUUAAAUGAGCUUGUUCAUUGGUUGGGCUUGACAAUCUUUGAAAUAUGGAUCAACUUAGUUGCAUUAACAUUCUUCACUGUACUACUAGCUUUAAAAUUAGACGAUAAUUAUUUUUUGGGAGCGUCAGGAUGGUGGGAAGUAUUUUCGCCCCUUUUUAUAGCCGAUGGUCUGAAUACAUACUUUUGUGCAAUUAUAUUUAUAAGAAUGUACAUGGAAGGAAUGAUCAAAGUAGGUAUUUUACGAGCCUUAUGGAGUUUGAUAUCAUUACUUUUGGUAUUUGUAUUUAAAUAUCUUUUGUGUAAAAAGCUAUGUGGUCAAAGCACAUUGGAAUACUCAGAAGUUUUGAGUCCUGUAUUCAUUCUCCUACAACUAAUUGCAGUCAGAGCCUGUCAACUACAUUAAGAGAAGUAAAAAAUUUAGUGCUUCCACAAAGCAUCUGCCAUAUAUAACGUACAUUAUCAUAUACCAUAUGGUAUUAUAUGUACAUAUAUCACAUUUCAUCACAGAUUUAUUAUCUAGAUAAAGUUAAAAAAUAUUUCAUCUGUAAAUGUUCAUAUUUCUAUCCUACCUAUUUAAUAUUACAUUAGAUGAUUUGUUGUUGGAAAGAGAUAAGUAUUAUGUGUUGUACUAAUCUAAUAAAUAUUUUUUUCUCGAAUUUUUUUAAAAAGAUAAUAA